GCUGGAGCCUGUGACCUCAGCCUAGUGGUGUUUCUACACAUCCUGAGACUAAGCCCUGAAUGUGUUCCUGUGUGCAGUGCGGUGAGUUCAGGGACGGCUCGGUGUCUGGAGACAUGUGCUCUGACCUGUGUGAGGGGGGGCUGCUGCAGUUCAGACGAUGCCUUUACUACGAGAACGGGAAGAAGGUGAUGGAGGCCGAGUGGAGAGGAAGCACCGUCAUCCUGAAGUCCAAGAUGGAGAACUUCUCCUCCUACGAGCCGCUCAACAUCCUCGAGUACCAGGACACGGCGGAGGAGCUCUCCCCGAUGGACGUCGUUCUCUACGCCACCAUGGAGGUACGAAACUCUCUGGGUCUGACGGAGGAAGAGGAGGAUGAAGAUGGUGAUGGAGGAGGAGGAGGAGGAAGAGGAAGAGGAAGAGGAGGAGGAGGAGGAAAAAGGAACAUAUCGAGGCUGUGGGGGGAGGAGCUGAGGAAAAGGGGGAGGGGCUACUCCAGAGCUGAACUUUCCUCUCUCUGGGCUUUACUGCAGCAAGAAGAGUACACCUUCCUCAG